AAAAUGUGUACUGUUUUCGUUAUUAAACAUUAAAAAAAUGUCGAAUAACAAUUUUAUUAAGAAAACUUGUGAUUAUUAUGGCCCUGGAUCAGUUAUAUAUAAUAAAACUCAUUCAAUAGACGUGUUUUUUAGUAAUGGUCUAAGUGAAUUAAAAACAGUUUGUAUUACAUUAGUUUCUUUGGACGGUGCUGUUGCAGUGAAGAUUAAAGAAAUACAUGAUUAUUUCUUCAAUUACGAAGCUAUCAUCGAUUCCUAUACUUUUGAGAAAAUGAAAUCAGAACAGUCUUUAGAAAUACAUUUUGAUGAAAUACGAUUUCAAAUUGUGGAACUAUUAAAAGAAAUUUCAUCAAAAGAAACGUUUGUUAAGUUAGAGGUUGAAAAUGAAAAAUGUCAAUUAAUAUUUUAUGGUAAAUCAAAAAUAAAGUGUGUAGUGUUUUUGGUAAUUGAUUUGAAGUUGACAGAUCCUAGGGAAAUAAUAAAUGAAAUGGCAAAUUGUAUUACAAGUCUGAAGGAAAAACAUGAAUACCUUUUGAAAGAAAUACACAGUCUACGAAGAGAAAUUGCUACAAAAGAUGCAGCUGUUAAAGAUAUUUGUACUAAAAAGAACUCGUUGGAAAAAGAGUUCUAUCAGCAAUUGGACAGCAUAUACACCGUGGCCCUUAAAGAACAAAAUGUCAUUGAAAAGAAGCUUAACAUGGAAAUUCAACAUCUUAUGAAAAAAGUUACAAGAAUGCUCUCUCAUGUUGAAAGACUUGAUAAUGAAAUUCUUUUAAAGCAUGAGUCGGAUGCGCAACUUUUACAAGGCAUGCAAAAUAUGAAGCUAGAAAAUGAAAAAAAUCAUUCAACAAUAAAUGAACUUAAAACCGAAAUAAUAAAAUUAAAUUCAGACAAAGCAAAGAUGGAAAAGGACUCCUUAGACUUAAAAUGGGCAAUAGACCAAAAAAACAGACUUUUAGAGGAACUAGAAAAGAAAAAUGGGGAACUUGAAAAGGAUAUGAAAGAAGCAACUAAAAUAAUAGCUCAAAAAUCUCAAAUAAACGACGAAAUUGCCAAAGAUUUGGUCCAGGCAAAUCAAAUGUUGGUCAAUUUCAAUUAUCAUUAUGAUAACAUAUCGAAAGAGUGUGACAAUCUUAAAGAGCAACUUCAAUCGAAAGAAUUAAUUAUUGAACAGCAGCAAUCAAAGUUAAACAAUUUAUGUAAGGAAUUUACCAGUUAUAAGAAAACAUAUUCGCAGGAAGAAAUAAGUAAAUUAAAGAGGCAAUUGGAAAAGGCAAAUGAAAAACUUAGGGAGCUUGAAAAACAAAAUAGGGAAGCCGUAAUGUUAAAUAACGUGUUGACAAAGAAAUUGUCUGCAACAGAGUUUUUGGAAAACCAGAAUCCAAAUGCCUUUGCUAAUAUGUAGAUAACUAAAUUAUAGUAAGUGCCUUUACAUUUUACAUAUUUAUUAUUUCUGUGUAAAAGUUGUUUUUAUCUAAAUUUUCUUAUCUACAUGCAAUAAAAAUACACAUUAAAAUA